AUGGCACCUAGCCUUACGGGCGCCGAUCUCACUCCCCAUGCACCUUGUUCGAUAGCCGGCCGGUGCGAGCGGUACACCCCACCACCCCUUUGCAGCCGUGGAUGUGGACCAACAGCGUACCAAGCGAAGCUUAUCAUGCCCCCUCCCCACCACCUCAAGACAUCCACCUCUCGCCCCAUCACCAAACCUACCAAGACCACCAAGCCCACCCCCUCAAUACCCCCAAGGUUCACCAGACCAGAGCCCGAGAAGCAGAUUACGGUGGAACAAAACCUCGCAGCGAUCGAGCUCGUUUUGGGGAGGAUGGAAUAUGGGUCUAUGGAUGGAGGUGGGCUACUUGCGCCGCCGGCUAUCCUCUCCCAUGAGGGGUAUGCUUCCCGUCGUCCUAGUCCUAUUUUCAUCCCCACUCCUCUCUCCCCAUACGCACCCUCCUUCUCCUUUCCCAUCCCCUUCCCCUCCUCCUCCUCCGCUCUUUCUCAAAUCGACACAACCAUAUACGAACUCGCCAACCCCUCUCUCGAAGUUUUUCUAGCGCUCAAGAAGAAAGAGAACUGGGCCCGCGGGAAAACGGAGGGGGAGGGGAGGAGGAAAGAUGGGAGGGUGGAGGAUUCGAGGGGCGUUGGGUCGGGGUGGGGGUUUGGGGGAGGGGGGUGGAGGGAGAUGGCUGUUGUCAAGGGGAUGGAGCUGGGUGAUGGGGAUGGGGAUGGGGAUGGGGAUGGGGAUGGGGAUGGGGAUGGGGAUGAGGAUGGGGAUGGGGAUGGGGAUGGGGAUGGUGAAGAUAUGAGUUAG